AGAAAUGAACUUGUGACAAUUUCUCAACCGCGUCACUGCUUCCACCCAACAACCUACACCAUGCAACAACCAUCAACUAAAACCACGUUCAAGACGAUACCCGAGCCCUAACAAUCACCAAAAACACCAUCACAGGAUAUACUCCAGAGACACUCAGUUAAUCACUCCCUGAAAGCAAUUAAACAUCGCGAUGGCCUCACCGAACCCACACCACCCGGACGGGCAUCCCGACCCUGAUCCCGCCUUCCACUUACACCCACCUGCUUCACACCAGCCUCAACCGUCCUAUCAACCUCAACCACCGCAAAAUUCAUCACCGUCACACUCACACUCACCACAAAGCUCAACCCUCCACCUCCCCACCUCCCGCCAAUUCCUCACCUCCCUAAUAACCGCCAUCUCCAACAUUCCUCUCCUUAACGAACCACCGGCAGCACCAGCACCGGCACCGGCACCAACCAAAACGCAACAACGAGACCCACCAUCAAUAUCAGGAACAACAGAGGCAACAGAAGCAGAAGAAGGAGCAGCAGAAAUAAUCACCCAAAAAAAGAGGAAACAACUCCUCCAGAUUCUGAAAGAAGAAGGUGAUGAAGCGAAGGGACAUAUCGCGACGAGAAAAAAGGAUGGACCGGGAGGAGGAGAAGGAGGAGGAGGUUGGAAGGGGAAUCCAAACCCCCUAAAACUGGUACCACCUGAAUACCGACAUUUGAUCAUCACGCUGCAUGUUCUCUUUCCGGGGGUGGUGUUAUCUGGUUUGGAGGUUUUGGAACGGGGGUUGGUUGAACGGGUUGUUUUGAGGUGUGCUGCUGGGGAGGCGGCGGUAGUGAAGAAGGAAGGGGGGCAGAAGGAGCGAAAGGAGCAGAAGGAGCAGAAGAAAGAGGUAGAUGGGGAUGUGGAUGUGGAUGUGGAUGUGAUUAUGGGAGAGGAGGACGACGGAGAGGAUUAUAGAGAUGAGAACCAGGGCAGAGAUGAGGACGGGGACGGGGACGGGGAUAAGAAGAAUGAAGAAAAGGGAAAGAAGCCCAGCGAGUCACAACAGGGACUUAAAGGAGAACGACGACGACGACCACCACCAGAGUUCUACCUAGUCCGCUCCUCCCAGUUCCUCAACACCCACCCAAGACGGAAACGAAAGAAACCCAGCAGCAACCUUGUUGGACUUGGAGACGCAGCAGAUACCGAAGGUGUCCAACCCGGUGGUAGCGAAACGGACCGAGAUCGAGACCACCGAAUACAGCGGUACAUAGUCAGCCUGGAAGCAUGGAACUGUACCUGCGCUGCGUUUGCGUUUGCUUGUGUCUCCGAAGAACCAGAAGUAGGAGAAGCAGGAGGAGAUGGAGAUGAAGAUGGAGAAGAGCAGGGAAGUGAAGAGCUACGAGAAAGAGAAAAAGAAAGGGUCAGAGAUAAACAGGGAAGCGCAGGCUGGACCUUUGGCGGGAUGACCCUCUUCAACCCGGACGAUCACUCGAGCGUACCGCCGGUUUGUAAACACCUGCUUGCCUGUCUGUUGGCUGAUAAGUGGAGGAGAGCGUUGGGGAGGUAUGUGACGGAGCGGAUGAUGAGUAGAGAGGAGAUGGCUGGGAUUGUUGCGGAUGUCUAAAGCGUAUUCCCACUUGUUGGAGGGAUGUUAUCCUGAAGUAUUAAAUGAGAGAGUAGAGGGGUCCGUUAUAUGCGUUCAGUAAAGAGGAGAUGGCUGGGAUUGUUGCUGAUGUCCAAGUUUAGGAACUUGGUGGGAGUGUUAGAAAAGAGAGUUCAUAUGCCGUUUCUAUGAUCCGGCAAACCGCUACCACCACAGUACACAAACUUGUCAGUU